GGGAGUCGGAAGCGAUCGUGCUUUGGGAUCACGCCUUGCUGUGGAUCGAGGAAGAUUCCUGAGCUUGCUCUCUGAGAGGAGCUGCUUUCCUGCGGAGAACUGUCUCCGGUGAGGUCUCUCCAAAUCCCAGCAGCCCCUCUCUUGCAAUGCAGAUAAAGAUGAUGAAGGACGUGGGGCAGCCUCUGUACAUUCCACAGGUGAACGACAGGUCCAGCUCCUUGACCAUGUCACCCAAGCAGCCCCACGGCAACAGCGUGGCUGGAGCCGAUGGACGAGAAGGCCACGCCCUCUUGUGCCAGGACCCCGAGAGGGAAGCCGCCAUGAUGACCAUUGCUACGUGUACCAAGUGCAAAAGCAUCCACAGGGUUCCCCUGCAGGACUUCCUCUUGGGCACUGGACAGGGCCAAAGGGAAGACCCGUACAUCUGUUUCAAGUGCAGCCUGGGGGUGCCUCCCCACCGCUUCCACUUUGUGAAUCACAGUCUCGGGACCACCCACUUCGGCAAUGGCACCGAUGCCCUCUCUGGCCCCAUCCCCAGUAAGUUCAAGGUGAGGAACUUCAAGCCUGGCAAAUACUACUGUGACAAGUGCCGGUUUUCCACCAAGGACGCUCUGCAGUACCGGAAGCACACGCUCCAGCACGAGGAGAUCAAGUUCAUUUGCUCCCACUGCAGCCACAUCUCCUACACCAAGGGGGAGUUCCAGAGGCACCUGGUGAAGCACACGGGCAUAUUCCCCUACCAGUGUGAGUACUGCGACUACGGCGCCAUCCGGAACGACUACAUCGUCAAGCACAGGAAGCGGGUGCAUGAGAAGGCCGGUGGUGGCGCCAAGCGGUCGCCCAAAGCCGUGGCCAAGCUGGAGCUGAAGGGAAGCAGCCCGUCGAAGCCAAGCCCUGAGCUUUCUGCAGCCCCGGCCCCAAAGACUCUCUUCCAGGACAGGCUGCCUGAUCCGCCGGCCAGGUUCCCCCUGCCCGCUCGGAAAGACGGGCUGCCCGGCGUCUCGCUGCUGCCAGAGGCUAAGGCGCGCCAGAAAGACGUCGUGUGCAUCCCGAGCAGGGCGGCGCCGGCCUCGGAGCCCGGCGAGGCCAAGGGCUUUGAGAACAAGAGCGUGGAGGUGGAAGUGCUGUCCCCCACCAAGGAGCCCGUCCAGCCAGGCAUGCCGCUCACGGUGGUGGCACCCGCCGAGCUUGUCGUCCCUGCCAACUGCCUGGCGCAGUUGAUGGACGUGAAGGUGGUCAACGGGACGCAGCAGCUCGUUCUGAAGCUGUUUCCGCUGGAAGAAAACGGAGGCCCCAAGGCGGGCGGCAGCGGCGACGGGGACGGUCCCCCCGAGGCUCUGGCGAAGGAGAAGGGCUCCAAGACGCCGGAAAGAGCCUGCUCUCCAGAGCGAGCAAGGCCACCGACCAUGGAGGAGACCCUCGGGACCCUCCUGGGCUUCGAUGGUCUUCAGCCGGCGGGGCGCCAUCCCCUUGGAAACGUGAAAUGGGUCAGGCCGUACGAUUUCCUCACACUGAACCCUCGUGUGCUCCCCAAAGGAGAAGCCCUGCUCAGCCCCCGGAGAGGUCAGGAUGCUCAGGAGAGCGGGCACCUGUAUGCACAUAGAACCACACUACCUCCUCCCACGGUCCUGAAAGGUCAUCGCCCCCCGCCGCCCGCCCUCAAAGCCAGUGCUCGGUGUGGCCCGGGCGCCGCUCCAAACCCUUUUCCUUAUCAGCUUGGCGCGUCCUUCCCUCAAGACGGGUGGAGGCUACCCAGUGACCUGUUGCCCGUGUUCCCUCUCCGGGCCGCGCCUCCCGUGGCGCCCUCCUUCCCGGGGGAGAGGGGCCUGCUGCCCAGCAGUGAAACCGGCCUGGAACCCAGCGGGGAGCUCAGCAUCCCUCUUAAGAUGUUUUCCUCCCACUGGAAGCCGAAGGACGGCCAGGCAGGGGCAGCGGCCAAGCCGGGUCACGCCGCCUCGCCUCCGAAAAGCGAGCAUUCCCACCUGGACCUCCCCGGAGACGCCGGGCCCGGGCCACAGCCGCCCAGGGGGGCCCCUGCGGAGCUCAAGCACGCCGAGAGGGGCAGCCGCGGCCCCGACCCCGACGGCCCCGUCAUCUCCUCGGUGUUUUCUCUGAGCUCCGGCUCCCAGAAUGUCCCCGAGAGCAUCAGGUGGACCAGCUCGACGUCCAAAAUCAAGUCGAUCGAACUGCUGCGCCAAAAGAUCGCCCAGCUCAUCGAGUCCUGCGGCCGGCCUUCGGCCUUGGCCGCGGGCGGCGCCCCUCGUCAGCGCGUGGCCCGGGCCGAAAAGGAAGCCCCGGGUGCCUCCUCGGAAGCGGUCCAGGAAAUCAGUGUGUCACUCACAGGGCCUGGGGUUCCCGCAGGUGCCCCUCCAGACGCCCGGGAUGACGGCGGUGGCUGUGGGCUCACCCGGGAGCCGGCAAAGGACUGCAGUGCUGCAGAGGCCGAGCGCAGCUUGGCCGAGAAGGCUGUUGCCGCACCUGUGUUGAUCCCCAAAGGGGCUGUGUUGAGGGUUCUCAACUCCUCUGAGGACGCCCACGUGAUAGAGGCCACGUGUGAGGCACCUGUCAGUCUGCCCUGCAGUGAUGCACAGGUAGUAAAUCCCAUCCCACUCUGCCCGCCGAGACAGACAGACUCGGACUCUCAGGCACAGGAGAGGGGGCCAGUAGAUGCGCCCCAAAGCCUCGAGCCACCCUCUCGGCCAAAGCCAAAAAAGGAGAGUGCCGUGGGCAGCAGCGCCCCUUCCAGAAAAACCGUUCCCCCGCACAGACAACAGGGCAGCAGGAAGUGGGGCAAGCCAAGGAGACUGCUCUCCCGGAACCUCACCAUGAGCCGAAGUAAAACCAAGCAGGUGAGCUCGUCCAAGAGGAAGAGCAGGAGCCAGGCCCACGUCAACCACUGCCUCAAAGACCCGUCCAUCUUCCAAGUGGCCAGGCACCUUCGGCUCAUAGCGGUCAAACCGGACCAACUGAUUAAAUGCCCGCGCCGCAACCAGCCGGUCAUCGUGCUGAACCAUCCCGACGUGGACUCGCCGGAGGUGACCAACGUGAUGAAGGUCAUAAACAAGUACAAAGGCAACGUCCUCAAAGUGGUCUUAUCUGAGAGGACCCGCUGCCAGCUGUGCAUCCGGCGGCACCAAGUGCGCCUCACCUACCAGGACGAGGCGGGCGCCAGUCGGGCCAAAAGGCAGACGAUGCUGAAGAUGAAGCUGAAAAAGGUUCACAAGAACAACUACCAGGUGGUGGACUCCCUGGCCGGCGACUCCGCGCAGUGUAUAUUCAAGUGCUGGUUCUGUGGGCGGCUGUACGAAGACCAGGAGGAGUGGAUGAGCCAUGGCCAACGGCACUUGAUAGAAGCCACUCGAGAUUGGGAUAUUCUUUCUUCCAAGGGCACAUAGCUUUAGGGGAAGAGGAAAAAUGAGGUCCGAAGCAAAUGGUUACUUUUGUGUUUGGCUUGGGUUUGACUCCCCUCCCUGCCUUCUCUGGAGGGGUAGAAGAGGUCUCCCCUGGGGACAUUGAAAGCCAGCGGUCUCGGCCUGAGCUCUGACUGAGCCGCUGAAGAAGGCAUCCAAAGGGCUCCUCCCCUUCAGUUGUACACACGAACAAGUGUCCAUGCAUCUCUUUUACAGAGAGCGUAGGGAAACGUUUUGAGUCAAUGACCAGUGAGACCUGAGCCCCCCCUUUUCCUGCACCCCUUUUUCUGCGAAGACUGAGCCCCUUUCAUCAUCCAUGGAGAAUGACAUGCUCAGAAUGAGACAACAGCGUGCCGCGGUUGCAGAAGUAAACUUGAGUGUCUGCACCCUUAACCAAGAGCUGCCUGGACGCAGCUCAGCAGGUUACGGAAAUGAUGUCCAAUGUCUUUUGCAUCAUGACCCUAGGUUGGGGGGGUUGUUCUUUUCAAUCCUUCCCCGCCCUGUACCAUUUGGAAAAAGUUCUGUGUAGCACAGUAGUUGUGCCUUUGUUAGCCGUUGUGUAGAAGAGGCGCCAAGGUGUGCCCUAACCUCCCCAUUCAAGAGCAGGCAUUGGAGGAAGGAAGAGAAAGCCUUUCAAGCAUUUAGUGUCAGCUCUCCCUGUACGGAGCCUGAUGACGAUGCCAGAAGAGCAGACGUGCCCUUUGCACAAUCAGAAACGUAGCCUUGAGAAGGAUCGAAAACAUGACGCCCUUCUUGGUCCCCAACACUCCCACAUACAUCAGUGGCCAGACAGGGCUUCAGAGCACAGCCAGCACUUGAGAAGACCAUUCCAGGUAGGGGCUAUCUGAGACAUGGUGGCGGUGGGACUCUGUGGUGUUCUGUCUCACGAAGUGGAAACUGCAGUUUCUUCCAGAGCCCUCUGGUGAGCGCCGAGUCUUUGUCCUUGGUCACUUGGGUCACGGACACGGCUCCCAGGCCAUCACCAACCAUUGGGACAGGACAGCUGCCCAGCUCACCCCCGGUCCCGGGAAUCGACAGGAUAGAGAUAGCCUGCUAUCUUUGCCCAGACUCUGGCCACCCCUGGUUUCCAGGGAGCCCCCCCCCUCCCGAAAGUCAGCAUUGCUCCCGACCUCCAAUCAGAACCUUUUGUAUGAAUUACAGAAAAGCCCACCCUGCUGUAGUUGGGAUGUCAUCCUUGCCUCUCCACUUAAGCUGGACACCUUCCUUCGAAUCAAAAGAUGCAAAGCAGCCCCCACUUGGGGGGUCUGUCUCCCAUCAGGCCUUGUUCCUGAGGAGGGAGGAGGUCUUCCGGGUAUAGUGAGCAGGCCCCGGGGUCUCUUGCAUCUGGUAAACCGCAUCAGUGAGUCUUUGUCAUGUUAGGUAUUCAAUUGGAGACGCCCACCUCAUCUUUCCCCCUAAACACGGGAGCAUCUCCAGUUCUCUGACAGAUAGGACUGUAAUUGUUUGUAGUCGGCUCACUUGACAGAUAAUCAACAUUCCUGUACACGGUUCUGUGCCAGCUCAUGAAGUUGAUUAAUUGGCUUAUUUCUAUUGAAAUUUAAAACUUGGCUGUAUUGAUCUUUGAGAGGUGUGUGUGGUGUGUGUGUAUAUAAAUAUUUUUUACCACAUGAAAAUAGCAGUAGCUAAUUUUCUGAUUUCCUAUUUUCUAAUGAUCUGAGGGGCUGAAGACAAAGGUAAACUUUUUUAUAUUCUAGAAAUAAUUUAUUUUGGAAGCACAUUUUUGUAAUAGUCUGAUCUCAUUUUUCAGGCCAUGAAAGCACAGUGUGGGAUGGAGUGUAUUUUUCUGCACAAACUGGAGUGGGAGGGCGCUGUGGGUCAUUUCCUUAUACUCCGUCGUCUUUGCCUCAGCUGCACUUUCUAGGAAACGGUCCUGGGGUGCCACUUCGCUACAUAAAACUGUAUCCCAAAGUGUUAGCCACAUCGAAAACCGUGUCCUCUGGCCAGAAGGCGGGACUCCCGAGAUGUGGAGAGUAGAGGCUGUGAUUGAAUCGCUUUCUCUCUAGUUCUGUACCUGCCCCCCACACACAACGCGUCCUCCCCCCUCUGCAGCAGCAUCUCUCAGAAGGCCAGCCGGAGAGUUGGGUCAGAUUCACGUCAGUGUUGGGUUGAUAAUUUGCAGCAUCACCUGUUUUUCAGGCACAACGUUUGGACCUGGAUGGAGCUAAAUUUUUACAGUUGAAACUGUAGUGUUGCUUUGGGGGUGUUCUUGGAACUUUUCGAAGGAGGUGUACCUGAAGUCAUUUACAAAUCAGGGAAGCAAAAAAAUGUCUGCUUCCCUACAUCAUCGGGAGUUCCGGGACUAGGGCACGCUGAUGAAUUGCGAAAUGCCACAGAAGGAAGACGUGGGAUCAACUGUGUGGAGCGCUGUGCAGCCUCUGUCCUGAAGGCUCUGUACUUGGCAUGUGUUAUUAUGGAUAGUUAAUAAAAUUAUUUAAACUUG